AUGAGCAGCGACGCAGAAAUGGCGAUUUUUGGCCCAGCCGCCCCAUUCUUAAGGAAAUCAGAGAAGGAACGAAUUGAAGCACAGAACCGACCUUUUGAUGCUAAAAACUCCUGCUUCUGUCAUGAUCCCAAGGAAAUGUUUGUUAAAGCUACAAUCAAGAGCAGAGAGAGUGGCAAAGUCAACGUGGAUACGAUAGGUGGGAAGAGUGUAACGGUUAAAGAUGAUCAAAUCUUCCCAAUUAAUCCUCCAAAAUAUGAUAAAAUUGAAGACAUGGCCAUGAUGACUCACCUGAACGAAGCAUCUGUGCUGUAUAACCUCAAAGAGCGUUACUCAGCCUGGAUGAUCUAUACCUACUCUGGGCUCUUCUGUGUCACCGUGAAUCCCUACAAGUGGUUGCCAGUGUACAACCCCGAGGUAGUGAAUGGUUACAGAGGAAAGAAACGUCAGGAAGCUCCUCCACAUAUCUUCUCCAUCUCUGACAACGCCUAUCAGUUCAUGUUAACUGACCGUGAAAAUCAGUCCAUCCUGAUCACCGGAGAAUCUGGUGCGGGGAAGACUGUGAACACCAAACGUGUCAUCCAGUACUUUGCAUCAAUUGCAGUGACUGGCGACGCAAAGAAAAAAGAGGCGGCAUCUGGAAAGAUGAAGGGAACGCUGGAAGAUCAAAUCAUCCAGGCUAACCCAUUGCUGGAAGCCUUUGGUAAUGCCAAGACUGUGAGAAAUGACAACUCGUCUCGCUUUGGCAAAUUCAUCAGAAUUCAUUUUGGAACCACAGGAAAACUGUCUUCCGCUGAUAUUGAAACCUAUCUGCUGGAAAAGUCCAGAGUAACUUUCCAGCUGAAAGCUGAACGAAGCUACCACAUUUUCUAUCAAAUUAUGUCCAACAAGAGGCCAGAACUUAUAGAUAUGCUACUGAUUACAACCAACCCUUAUGACUUUCCGUUCGUUAGUCAGGGAGAAAUUACUGUUACCAGUAUUGAUGAUCAAGAAGAACUGAUGGCUACUGAUGAAGCCAUUGAUGUUCUGGGUUUCACUAGCGAUGAGAAAGUGGGUAUCUAUAAACUCACUGGUGCAGUAAUGCACAAAGGCAACCUGAAGUUCAAGCAGAAACAACGCGAGGAGCAAGCUGAGCCUGAUGGAACUGAAGUUGCUGACAAGUGUGCUUAUCUGUUGGGCCUGAACUCAGCAGAUUUGCUCAAAGCUUUGUGCUAUCCAAGGGUAAAAGUUGGCAAUGAGUUUGUGACCAAAGGUCAGACCGUCCAGCAGGUGACUAACUCAGUGGGAGCAUUAGGUAAAUCAAUUUAUGAGAAAAUGUUCUUGUGGAUGGUCAUUCGUAUCAACCAGCAACUGGACACAAAGCAGCCAAGGCAGCACUUCAUUGGAGUUCUGGAUAUUGCUGGCUUUGAAAUUUUUGAUUACAACAGCUUGGAACAAUUAUGCAUUAACUUCACCAAUGAGAAACUGCAACAGUUCUUCAACCAUCACAUGUUUGUUCUGGAGCAAGAGGAAUACAAGAAGGAAGGGAUUGAGUGGGAAUUCAUUGACUUUGGGAUGGAUCUGGCUGCCUGCAUUGAGCUUAUUGAAAAACCCUUGGGUAUCUUCUCCAUCCUGGAAGAGGAAUGUAUGUUCCCGAAAGCCUCAGACGUAUCCUUCAAGAACAAGCUGUAUGACCAGCAUCUUGGCAAAUCAAACAACUUCCUAAAGCCCAAGCCUGUCAAAGGAAAGCCUGAAGCUCACUUCUCCCUGGGUCAUUAUGCCGGCACUGUGGACUACAACAUCACUGGUUGGUUGGAGAAAAACAAGGACCCACUGAAUGAAACUGUAAUUGGGCUGUACCAGAAAUCUUCAAUGAAGAUAUUGGCCAGUCUCUAUAGCACUUUUGGUGCUGCUGAAGAGGGUGGAGCCAAGAAAGGUGGCAAGAAGAAAGGAUCUUCUUUCCAAACUGUCUCUGCACUCUUUAGGGAAAACCUGAACAAGCUGAUGACCAAUCUGAGAACCACUCAUCCACAUUUUGUGCGUUGUUUAAUUCCAAAUGAAACAAAAACUCCAGGUGAGAUGGAUCACCACCUUGUUAUUCACCAACUGAGGUGUAAUGGUGUGCUUGAAGGUAUUAGAAUUUGCAGAAAGGGAUUCCCGAGCAGAGUCUUGUAUGCUGACUUCAAACAAAGAUAUAAAAUUUUGAAUCCAAAUGCUAUCCCAGAAGGCCAAUUCAUAGACAGCAAGAAGGCAUCUGAGAAGCUGCUCGGUUCGAUUGAUGUUGAUCAUACACAGUAUAAGUUUGGGCAUACUAAGGUGUUCUUCAAAGCUGGUCUCUUGGGUACACUUGAAGAGAUGAGAGAUGAUCGACUGGCUUUAAUCAUUACCCGUAUACAAGCCAGGUGUUGUGGAUUUUUAAUGAGAGUAGAAUUUCAGAGGAUGAUGGAAAGAAGGGAGUCUAUCUUCACCAUCCAGUACAAUGUCCGUUCAUUCAUGAAUGUCAAACAUUGGCCAUGGAUGUUACUGUACUUCAAGAUCAAACCUCUGUUGAAGAGUGCAGAAACUGAAAAAGAAAUGGCAAAUAUGAAAGAAGAAUUUCAAAAGAUGAAGGAAGCACUUGCUAAAUCUGAAGCACAAAGGAAGCAAUUGGAGGAAAAAAUGGUCAGCUUGCUUCAAGAGAAAAAUGACCUUCAACUUCAAGUACAAUCAGAAUCAGAAGGUCUGGCUGACGCAGAGGAAAGAUGCGACCAACUGAUCAAAAACAAAAUUCAGCUGGAAGCAAAAGUCAAAGAACUCAAUGAAAGAGCAGAAGAUGAAGAGGAACUAAAUGCAGAGCUGACGGCCAAGAAAAGAAAACUUGAAGAUGAAUGUUCAGAACUAAAGAAGGAUAUUGAUGACUUAGAGCUUACAUUGGCCAAGGUUGAAAAGGAGAAACAUGCCACAGAAAACAAGGUUAAGAAUCUCACAGAGGAAAUGGCUACCCUUGAUGAAACUAUUGCUAAGUUAACAAAGGAGAAGAAAGCAUUACAAGAAGCCCACCAGCAGACACUUGAUGAUCUCCAGGCUGAGGAAGAUAAAGUCAAUACUCUGACCAAAACCAAAACCAAACUGGAGCAGCAAGUUGAUGAUCUGGAGGGAUCUUUGGAGCAAGAGAAAAAACUUCGUAUGGACUUGGAAAGGGCAAAGAGAAAGCUUGAAGGUGAUCUGAAACUGUCACAGGAAUCCAUAAUGGAUCUGGAAAAUGACAAACAGCAAGUUGAUGAGAAACUGAAGAAGAAGGAAUUUGAAAUCAGCCAACUUCUCAGUAAGAUCGAAGAUGAGCAGGCUCUUGGCUCUCAAUUACAAAAGAAAAUCAAGGAAUUACAAGCUCGUAUUGAAGAACUGGAGGAGGAAAUUGAAGCUGAACGUGCAGCUCGUGCUAAGGCAGAGAAGCAGAGGGCUGACUAUUGUCGUGAACUGGAGGAAAUCAGUGAAAGGCUUGAAGAAGCCGGUGGUGCAACUGCCGCACAGAUUGAGAUGAACAAGAAACGGGAAGCAGAAUUCCAGAAAAUGCGCCGUGAUCUGGAAGAAGCCACACUGCAGCAUGAAGCCACAGCUGCUGCUCUUCGUAAGAAGCAGGCCGAUAGUGUGGCAGAACUUGGAGAACAGAUCGACAACCUCCAGCGUGUGAAACAGAAGCUGGAAAAGGAAAAGAGCGAGCUGAAGAUGGAAAUCGAUGAUCUGGCCAGCAACAUGGAAUCAGUAUCCAAAUCUAAGGCAAAUUUUGAAAAGACAGCCCGAACCCUUGAAGACCAGUUGUCUGAAGUAAGCACUAAAGCAGAAGAGAACAUCCGUCUCGUUAAUGACCUAACGUCACAGAAAGCCCGAUUCCAGACUGAAAGUGGUGAAUUUAGUCGCCAAAUAGAAGAAAAGGAUGCCUUGAUCUCCCAGUUGACGAGAGCGAAACAGGCAUUUACACAACAGAUUGAAGAGCUUAAGAGACAACUGGAGGAGGAAACAAAGGCAAAAAAUGCACUGGCUCACGGCCUGCAAUCUGCUCGCCACGAUUGUGAUUUACUCCGUGAGCAAUAUGAGGAGGAACAGGAGGCAAAGACAGAGCUUCAGCGUGGCAUGUCCAAGGCCAACAGUGAGGUUGCUCAGUGGAGAACAAAGUACGAGACUGAUGCAAUCCAGCGCACUGAGGAGCUUGAAGAGGCCAAGAAGAAGCUUGCCCAGCGACUCCAGGAUGCUGAGGACCACAUUGAGGCAGUGAACUCCAAAUGUGCUUCACUGGAAAAGACCAAACAAAGACUUCAGGGUGAAGUUGAGGAUCUGAUGAUUGAUGUUGAAAGAGCCAACUCUGCUGCAGCAGCUUUGGAUAAGAAACAGAGGAACUUUGAUAAGAUUUUGGCAGAAUGGAAACAAAAAUAUGAGGAAAGCCAAGCUGAACUGGAAGCAUCACUGAAAGAAUGUCGUUCUCUGAGUACUGAACUCUUCAAGAUGAAGAACGCUUAUGAAGAAUCUUUGGACCACCUUGAAACUCUGAAACGAGAGAACAAAAAUCUUCAGCAGGAGAUCACAGAUCUGACUGAGCAGAUUGGUGAGAAUGGCAAGACUAUCCAUGAGUUGGAGAAGAUAAAGAAGCAGACUGAGCAAGAAAAGUGUGAGUUGCAGAGUGCACUGGAGGAGGCCGAGGCAUCCUUGGAACAUGAAGAGAGCAAAAUUCUGCGCAUCCAACUUGAGCUGAACCAGGUUAAAUCAGAGGUUGACAGAAAGAUUGCAGAGAAAGAUGAAGAGAUUGACCAGAUGAAGAGGAACCACCAGAGAGUUUUGGAGGCCAUGCAGAGUUCACUGGAAGCUGAGAUCAGGAGCAGAAAUGAUGCCCUGAGGAUCAAGAAGAAGAUGGAGGGAGAUCUGAAUGAAAUGGAGGUUCAGCUGAGCCAUGCAAACCGCCAGGCAUCAGAAGCUCAAAAACAUCUUAGAAACGUACAGGGUCAACUGAAGGAUGCACAAAUACAUCUGGAUGAUGCAUUGAGAUCGCAAGAGGACCUGAAAGAGCAGUUGUCCAUGGUUGAACGCAGGAACAGCCUACAACAGGCUGAAAUUGAAGAAAUGAGAUCAGCCUUUGAACAAACAGAGAGAGCUCGCAAAAUUGCUGAACAAGAACUCAUGGAUACCAUGGAACGUGUGCAACUUCUGCACUCUCAAAACACAUCCCUAAUAAACACGAAGAAGAAGAUGGAAACCGAUAUUAGCCAACUUCAAUCUGAGGUUGAAGAAGCUGUUCAAGAAUCGAGAAAUGCAGAAGAAAAGGCUAAAAAAGCAAUCAUGGAUGCUGCCAUGAUGGCAGAAGAGUUGAAGAAGGAACAAGACACCAGUGCUCAUCUUGAGAGAAUGAAGAAGAACCUGGAUCAGACCGUGAAGGAUCUGCAAGUCCGCCUGGAUGAAGCUGAACAGUUAGCAAUGAAAGGUGGAAAGAAGCAGCUUCAGAAACUGGAGGCCAGGGUACGUGAGCUUGAGAAUGAACUUGAAGGUGAACAAAGGCGCUCUAAUGAAGCAAUUAAAGGGGUUCGCAAAUUUGAAAGAAGAGUGAAGGAGCUCACUUACCAGACUGAGGAAGAUAGGAAGAAUAACCUGAGGCUCCAGGAUCUGGUCGACAAGCUGCAACUGAAAGUUAAAGCCUACAAGAGACAAUCUGAGGAAGCUGAGGAACAAGCCAAUGUUCACCUCUCCAAAUUUAGAAAGGUGCAGCAUGAGCUGCAGGAGGCGGAGGAACGUGCAGAUAUUGCUGAAUCCCAGGUUAACAAACUCAGGGCGAGAAGCCGAGAGGUUGGCAAGAUGGAAAUGUCAGGACUAAAGAAUGGAGUAAAUUCUACCUUGGCUGCCCGCUGUGAGCAGCAAUGCAGAUAUUGGAUCAUAAGGCAAGAUGAUGAUCGAGGAGGCAUACUUUGAGGAGUAUAAAAGGAAAAAGUGCUACUAUUCAUUAUGACUGUUUUUCAACAGUGAUACUUGGCCAACUUCACAGACAUUUCAGCAAGGAUCUUGGACUAAUGUAUGACUAAUUUUUGGACUGAAUGUAGUUUGCAGUAUCAAACAAAACGUAUUCCAUGGCAUUAAAAUCUACAUUGUAAGUAAUAGAUUA